UGGAUGAGCCGGCGGCGGGAGGCGGCCGGCAGCCGAGCGGGUCCGAGCGCGGCGCGAUGAGCGCGGGCGGCAGCGGCUCGGCGGGCACCGCCACCUCCGCGCUCUGCCUGCUCCUCUCGCUCACCGCCGUGGCCGUGUGCCUGCUGCUGGGCGCUAAGACCGCCGAGCUGCAGGGCCGCUUGGCCGCCCUGGAGGAGCGCGGCGCCGCCGGCCCCGGGCCGCUGCUGGACGCGCUGCAGCCCCGCGUGGAGCAGCUCCUGCGCGAGAAGCUGGGUGAAGGACUCGCCAGGCUGCGGACGGCGAGAGAGGCUCCAUCAGACUGCAUGUGCCCGCCAGGCCCUCCAGGGAGGCGAGGGAAGCCUGGACGGCGCGGAGAGCCCGGACCUGCAGGGCAGUCAGGACGCGAUGGUUACCCGGGUCCCCUUGGUUUGGAUGGCAAACCAGGGCCUCCAGGACCAAAAGGAGAAAAGGGUGAAGCAGGGGACAUUGGCCCGAGGGGUGAUCAAGGUCGAGAUGGAGCCACUGGCCCCCCUGGUCCGCCAGGACCCCCAGGUGCCCGGGGGCCUCCUGGUGACACAGGAAAGGAUGGCCCAAGAGGACCUCAAGGCCCCCCUGGUCUUAAAGGCGAGCCGGGCGAGGACGGCCUCGUGGGUGCCAGGGGACCCCCGGGGCCAAAGGGCGAGCCUGGCAUGCAAGGGAGGAAGGGUGAUGAUGGCAUCCCAGGGGAACCAGGACUUAUGGGCUCUAAGGGGGAAAAAGGAAGCGCCGGUCUGAAGGGAGAGAAUGGCACGGAUGGCGCGCCAGGCCCCAAGGGUGAACCCGGUGAGAAGGGAGGAGUCGGCUCCAUCGGACCCCGGGGUCCCCCUGGGCUGAAAGGGGAACAGGGUGACACUGUGGUGAUCGACUACGAUGGCCGCAUCCUGGAUGCACUCAAGGGCUCACCGGGUCCCCCAGGGCCGCCGGGCCCACAGGGCGCUCCAGGCCCCAAGGGAGAGCUGGGCCUGCCAGGUCCACCUGGGCUGGAUGGAGAAAAGGGUCCCAAAGGAGCUAAGGGUGACCAAGGCAGUGCAGGGAUCACGGGACCGAAAGGAGAGACGGGAGAGAUGGGCUUAUCGGGUCCACCGGGAGCAGAUGGGCCAAAAGGAGACAAAGGAGACACUGGAUCACCGUGUUUGCAGAACAACCACAUCAUCCCGGAGCCAGGACCGCCCGGAUUGCCCGGCCCCAUGGGUCCUCCAGGAAUCCAGGGGCCUAAAGGCUUGGAUGGUGCAAAGGGAGAAAAAGGAGACAGCGGUGCGAAGGGGGAGCACGGUGACACGGGCCCAGCUGGUCUCCCUGGUGCCCCAGGGCUCAUUGGCUUACCCGGUACCAAAGGAGAGAAGGGAAAGCCGGGAGAGCCAGGAUUAGAUGGUUUCCCAGGUCUCAGAGGAGAAAAGGGAGAGAAGAGUGAAAGAGGGGAGAAGGGUGAGCGAGGGAUACCGGGGAGAAAAGGAGCCAAAGGGCAGAAAGGGGAACCCGGCCCUCCUGGACUGGACCAGCCCUGCCCCGUGGGACCAGACGGACUGCCAGUAGCAGGAUGUUGGCACAAGUGAUCUCUAAGCAUGAAGCACAGUGUGUAAAUAAUGUGAUAUAUUUUGAUCUUUUUAAUUUUUGUAUAAAAAAAGGAAGAAAACAACCCUUCAACAGUAAUAUAUUGACCUUUUUUUAUACUGGAUUCUGUCAUUUAUGGACUUUGAAAAUACUGUAAAGCUCCCAAACCCGUAAGAUACGCAUGAUAACAUCAAGAUUUGAUAAAGGUACCAAUGACACUUGCUGGGAAUGACCAGAACUCACUGCUAAUGUUGCUGCGUGAACUAACAGCACUGAGACAGCGCGUUGCCCCGUGUGCCUUACCGGCUCCCUGUGCUAACCUGGCUCUCAACUCUAUUUGCAUUGCACGUGCCUGCUCAAAGAGUGAAAAAAACUGGCAGAAAACAAAAAAGAAAAAAAGGAUGCAGCCCUAGGGAUGGAAGAAGCUGCUGUAUGCCCUCUGGUCAAACAAAAGGACUUCAAACCUGAGGAGGAAACAAAGCCAAGCUCCCUUUGUUGCUACCUGCUGUCGUUACGAUGGAAAUAGCAAAUCUUUGGCGAAACAUAACCUGGACUGCCUGUGGAUAUUUCGGCUACUGUCAAAAAACCUUUGAUCUCAAGAGGAAACACCUCUGGGUCCUGUCCUGCGGCUGAAGUUGUACAAACUCUUUGUUACAGCAGAACCCAAAUUCUUUAAGAAACCUCCACUGCAAAAUUUCAAAACAAAAACACGGCAAUACUUUCAGAACAGAGAGUUGUGGGGCAGGGAAGGGCUCUGCUGAAGUCUUUAUUAAGCAGCGGAGCACAUACGGUUGCUAUUGGGGUUCUCAGAACUUGGAGUUCAGAGUAUUUGUCUUGGUCUGUAGGAUUCACUUGCAUUUGAUUUUCUUGUGUUUAUGUGGUUUGAUUGUGAACUGUGUAGCUCUGCACGCUCCUCUUGUCCUCUUUCAGUCCCUUUUUUGGUCUCUUUCUUUAACUUAUCUCAGGCCCAUCCAUUCAGAGCAAGGUAAUGAAUCAAAGGAUAAUUAGGAUUUCUAUUACGUAUUGCAUUAGUGAGAGAAAUUUAAAAAGGAAGGAGUUGCAAACAUCUUACAAGUAACGUUUCUUAAGAUCGUGGAAAAACAGGGAUUGUGCAGUAAAGAGCCAUGAAAAAUUAUCUUGCAGGGAACACAAUGGCUUACAACCGACUCUGUUCAACUUACAAUGAAGAUCAAGAGGCAAUCAGAUUCCUUUACAAGGAGGAGAUACUUUAUAGCAACAAGUUCUUAAGCUGAACAGAGAAAGAUGUACAAAGAUGCAUCCAAUGG